UAUAAUUAACAUUUAACUUACAUUUUAACCAAUUGUUUUAUUUACAUUUAGUUGUGUGCAUAAAGUGUUGGGUUUGUCACUCGGAUGCGGACCCGAAAUGUGCGGAUCCCUUCGAUAACUCGACGCUUCCCAUCAAAGAUUGCCGAGAAGUGAAAUACAGUCAUUUGACUUUAGUCGAUCCGUACGAAGAGUUAACGUAUGACUACGAGAAGAAGCACUCGGCCGGCACUUAUAAGCCUCAAAAGCCCCGACCCGUCCGCUUAAUGGAGGCCACAAUGUGUCGCAAAAUUAGACAAAAAAUUCACGGAAAUUGGAGAACAAUAAGAAAUUGUGCUUUUUUGGGCUCUCCCGGUGAGGGCACCGGCAAUGAACACAACUGUCUCUACAGACAAGGAACUCAUGACAUAUAUAUGGAGUACUGCACCUGCAAUAGUAAGGAUGGCUGUAAUACUGGCCCACAAGAGAUUGCAAAACCACUGAUAAUCACAGGAUUCACAAUAUUCUCAAUUAUAAUCUCACUAUUUUAACAAGUGAUACAAAUAUUGCUCACAAUUUAUUCACAAUAUUUUUACACAUUUAUAUAUUUGUAAUUCACUAUAAGUACACCAAAUUCUAGAUGACAUUUUAUAAUUGAUUUUGUUAUCAAUUAAUCUAAUGACGAAUCGACAAACGAUUAUAUAAUUUAUAGUUAACAAGAGAUAUGAAUAAACCCAAAUCCAGUCGCGGCACUAAAGAUUGCCAGUAAUGCCCGUUAAUUGUGUACAAAACACUCGGAUCUCUUUUUUUGUCCAACAAAUUAUUCAAUUUCUGUCCAAAACAUCAUUUAUUUGUUAAUUUACAUUCAAAUGCUGCUAACUUACGAUAACAUCGUUAGUCGAC